AUGGCUCCUACGAUGGGACAAGCAGUCUUACGAGAUGAGGACCAGGGCCCAGUUAUCCUCGGAGCUACCUUGACCGUUACCAUCGCGGCCUUGAUGACAACAUUGACUAGAGUAUAUGUCAGGCUCAGAAUGAUCAGGAACGUUGGUUGGGAUUGCGUAGUUGGUCAGAUUGUCAUUAUACCAGAGGUCCACUUAGGCGCGGGCAGACAUAGGGUUCAUGUCGAUCCCGAAAGCUUCAAGGAGGGAUUCAGACUCAAUUUUGUUACACAACCCAUCUACCUCAUCGCCAUUUGCUUGGUCAAGAUCUCAGUUGGGUUCUUCUUGCUUCGCAUCGCUGUAGCGACUGUCUACAGGCGAAUAAUCAUCUCUACCAUGGUAUUCAUGGGCGUCUACACCGUCGGUUGUUUUCUCACCAUCAUGCUACAGUGCACCAACCUUGCGCUACUGUGGGACCCUUACGUGAAAGGGACGUGCUGGAGUGAUCAAACUAUAACAACCUUGAGCCUUCUCAACGUGUCGCUCAACAUUUUCACUGACGUUCUUUUCUCUGCUGCGAUUCCGAUCCCCCUGUUGUGGAGCCUCCAGAUGAAUACGCGUCAAAAGAUGUCUCUUAUAUGCAUUCUCGGACUCGGAAUGUUUGCCACAGCCGCGGCACUCGUCAAAACCAGUUAUCUACCCAGCUAUGGUGAAAAUGGCGACUGGCUCUGGGACUCGCGAAACCUUACGAUCUGGGUCGUCGUCGAGACCAACGUCGGUAUUAUCGCCGGAAAUCUGCCAUGUCUCAAGCCUAUCUUCCGUGUGAUUUUGACCAGUACAUAUGGUCGAGGUUCCUGCAAGACUGAAGCACCCCGAUACCUGACCGGUGCUGGCACCGACCACCACUCUGUCAACAACUACAACUGCUUAGCCUCCAAUCAGACACAUGAAGGCGGCUUCGGGCGAUCGGAUGGAGACAAAAAGUCGUAUAUGUUGACGACUAUCAAUGCGGAUAAACACGUGAAAAGUGACGCAGGCGAGGGCAGCUCAGAGGCAGAGAGUGUCUGGAGGGUCAGCGAAGACAGUGAAACUAGACCAAAAGGCCUAGGAGGGAUAAAGGCGAUUACUGAACAUCUAAAACGUAUAAUAAGAGCGACAUAG